AUGGCCCAGCUUGUGCUCGUUCCAACUGCGGCAGCGGCCGCAAAGGCGUCAACUCCGCUUUUGCAGCAGCUGGCGAAAUCGCUGGAGUCCGAAGGCCCAGCGCUGGCCAAGAGGAUAAAGGGUGUUGUGGUGUUCAAGAUUGACGGGGAGGAGUGGACCUUGGAUUUAUCCGAGGGCACCGAUGGCAAGCUGUACAAGGGCGCACCGGAGGGCGGGGACAAGCCCGAUCUGACCCUCACCACAUCGGACCACAACUUCACCCAACUCGUGAUGGGGAAGCUCAAUCCCCAACAGGCCUUUUUGAUGCAAAAGCUAAAGAUCAACGGCUCCAUGGCCAUGGCAAUGAAGCUCCAACCCAUCCUGGACGCGGCUCAGCCCAAGUCCAAGUUGUGA